AUGAAGGACCUGUACGUCUUCAGUGGAAGAAAUAUUAAGUAUCUACACUAUCUACUGGCUGUGGAAUACAACCAAGAUGUUAGAAACUGGACAUCAAUUAGCAGAAAGGUCAAGCCCCGGGGGCGAGACUCUGAUGAGCUUGACAGUGACGUCUACACAUUUUAUUUGCCCAACCCCCAGGCAUUGACGGCAGAUGGGUCUAUUAUCGGCUCCAAUUCGAGUCUGUCAGAUACAAGUCAGACUUCAGUUACCUCGUCCCCCAAGUCAAUUCCAUGCAGUACGACAGACCUAUCAGCCAAAGAAGUGUCAAAGCUUACCCCGGCGAUUCCACCCGCAGUGGCGGGAAAAAUCUCUUGGACUCCCAUGCACUCGCCUCCCGUUUCGUCUGCUGCAUCCAUACAUACAGUAAAGCUCACAGCGGGUGAAGUUGUUACUUUUGACCUCAGGCAGUUAGAAAAUAAGAGCCAGGACAGUGUGCACUAUACGGUACAAGACACCGAAUCUGCGAGGUUCCUCGCAUGCAAUUCUGCUGAAACCUGUCGAUGUUAUCCACUGUCCUAUCUUGCUCUUAAUCCAGGAGUUCAGUCUGGCCAAUUCUUCAACAGAAUUGAGCACAGAUCUGUCUACUUCUCGCAGACCACGGCAGAGCCUACCAGGUCAACAACUACAAAAAUAGUGACCAUAACCUUCAUAGAGAAUGGACGGUGA